AUGGCAAUAGAACCAGUACCUCAAGAAGCACGACGUUUGCUUAAGCUUUUGAAUGAAAAGAACCUUGCAUUACAAAUCCCUGAUGAUUAUAUGGAUACACACAUCCACUUUGAAGGUAGCGACUUGCCUGUGCAGCCGGGUGCUCUGAAAUCGGGAGCUUUGUCUGCUGCUGCAUCGGCAGCCUUUGGUGCCGUAGCUAGUCAAAUUGCUCAAGAUCGUUAUGGGGGUGAGCCAUCUCAUGUCACCGUUAACACCGAUCAUGCUGGUUACUUUCUUGGUAUGCCAGCUUUAAUUAAGGCUGACAAACCUCCCGUGGAUUGGCAACGGGGUGCCUGGGAAAAAGAAAUGGACAAGGCUGCAACAAUGAUCUACCCUACAAAGGAUGGUAGAUGGUUCCAGUUACAUGGUGAUCUCGAUUGCCACGCUCUAUUCCGCGACAUUGGUCUUGAAUGCAACAUGGAUGCAAACCGCGAAGAAGCAUAUGAGAUCAUCAAAAAAUGGACAUUACAACAUACAGCUGAUGAAUUGGAAGCCAUGAUGGUCAAAUUUGGUCACAGCGGUAGCAAAUGUUAUGAACCUGAAGAAUGGCUUGCAACCGAAAUGGGCAAAGCUCUAAAAGAUAAGCCUUUGGUUAAUAUCGAGCAAGUAAACAAGGCCAAUGGACCUGUGCCAUAUCCCCCAGCAAAAAAGAACCGUAUCCUUGAAGGCAUUAGAGUGGUAGAAAUGGUCCGAAUCAUUGCUGGGCCUACUAUUGGAAGAACAUUAGCUGAAUUGGGUGCUCAAGUGAUCAAAGUGAAUCCACCACACCUGCGAGACAUUAAUUUGCUUCAGUAUACAUUGACGACGGGUACACAUACUGUUGCUUUGGAUGCUCGUCAACCUGAACAAAAAGCCCAAUUGGAAAGUCUUAUUGCUGAAGCGGAUGUGUUCAUUGACGGCUAUCGUCCUGGUUCAUUGGAGAGACUUGGCUUUGGUAAAGAGCGUGUAAUGGAGCUUGCUGGUUCCAAGGGCAUCAUCUACAUUGAUGAAAACGCCUAUGGCAUGGAAGGUCCUUAUCGUCAUCGUCCUGGUUGGCAACAAAUUGCCGAUACGGCUAGUGGUUGUGCUGUGGUGCAAGGCAAAAGUUUGGGUGCGGAAGGUGCUGUGCUUCCUCCAUUGCCUAUCUCGGAUUUGUUGACCGGUGUAUUGGGUGCUGCUACCGUGCUAUGUGGCAUCCGUGAUCGUGCACGUCAUGGUGGCAAUUAUGUUGGCGUCGCAUGCCUUACUUCAUACGACAUGUUUUGUGUCUCCAAGGAAGUUGGUAUCUAUCCCCCAGAGCUGGUACAAAAAGUCGAACGUGAAUUUGGCUUUGGACCCCUCACUCCAAGAGAUGAUGUCCCCCGCUUACUUGGUAUCGUCGUUCAAGCAUGGUAUAAGAAUCGACCUAAAGACAUGGACUUUGAUGGUCAGCUGUUUGUGUCAUUUGAAGAAGGCCCAUUUGGAGAAACCAAACAACUUGCACCUGUAGCACGCAUUGACAACUACCCAUCAAGCUGGGAUCAUCCCCCACGACCUUAUGGUUAUGACAAGCCCACAUUUGACUAUUAA